AACAGAGUAACGAAAAACCCACAAGAAAGUAAGGUGUUGGCAAACAGAGCAGUGCUUCAGAAAGAACCUACCCUGACAGAGAAGCACAGCCAAAUGUGAAAAUCACACUAGUGCACUUUGUAUGUGUUGCUCUUUGUGAUUCUUCAGAUGGGCUAUGUAGCCUAAAGAAACUGUAUCACAAAUGCAUGCCUGGCUUGUUUAGUGCAGUUUAUCUGAACAGAAUUACUGGAACUUAAAUUGCUGAAGCUACAUACUUUGCCUGUGAACCUUUUGCUGAGGACCAUCAAUUUCCACCAGUUACAUGGAUAUGAAUCAAACAUGUUACAUGUGAUCCUGGAUCCCAUUAGAGAUGCUAAAACUAACAAUGACCCUAUGUGGAACAGGCCUUUUGGUCGAAUUAUGCAGUGAGGCUACCCUGACCCAAAAGAAGAAAAAGGUAUUUGCCUUUGUCUUUUGAAGGUUCUGUGCCUCUGUUACACUGGUAGUCUACAGCUGGAGGCUAACAAGAUAAGUUAAUAAAUCCAUCUGAGAUACUCCAGGAAAUUCUUCUGACAGACAUCAUUCCUCAGUAAGAAAUACUGAGCAAGGGAAGAACAGUGACUACUGUGGAAUUGUGAGGUAACCAUGAGUAAUGUAAGUGCCUUUUUCCAGUCACUCUGGGACAUGGUGCUAAAGAAGCAUGAGGAAGGCACGUACAACUCUGUCUACCUGGGGUUGCUGUUUUCUUUGCCCCUUUUGCUGCUCCUUGUAUGUGUAAUCAUCUGUUGCCACUCCUGCUGUCACUGCCAGAGCUGUUCCUGUCAAAAGCAGGAGCGCAGAAGGAAGGACGAUUUGUGGAUCUCUACUCGUGUCAAGCCUGUGAUGCUCGAGCGUAUUCCAUCACUGCCUGUGUAGAUGCCACAGGCCAUAGAAUCAAGCAGGAAGGGGGUUGCAUUUGUAAUUUUGCCAACAUGCAACAUAGACAUCCCAUUGUCAGAGGCAUUUCCGUUUAUGAGCAUGGUUAACCAAAGACUCAGGUUCUCAGAUAUUGCAUCAAGGAUCUGCACUAACAGAUUCAGUAGAUGCUACUAUAUAUACUUCCGGGUUUGUCUUUCUGCUAUUCACAUGCAUAUCAUAGUGUAAGCAAAGCAAAAGGCUGUUUAACUGAAGUCCCAAAUACCAGUUUAUAUUUCUUCUUAUUUUGUUUUAUAAUACCAGUUUCAUGAUUAGGCACAGUUCAAUGCAGUAUUCUUUGCUUUUCCCAGUUAGAUCCUGGAGUUCAAGAAUGCAAACUUACUGGCCAUAGCCACACGGUACUCAGAGUUGACAGGAUUUCUCUAACUUAACAUGAAGCUAUAAACUAUGGCCAUAACUUGUAAAAAGAAUAUGGAGCUCUAGUUUAAGAAAAGUGCAUCAAUGUAUUUGACUUAUCAUUUCUUCCUAAUAAAUGUAUUACAUUCUAUGAUAUUUGUAGUAAUUGCAUUAAACUCAUGGUUACGCUUUAUGUUAAGGGACAGGAAGGACAUGAAUUCCAAAUAAAUAAGUCACUUCCUGAAGGCUAAUAUCAGCAGAUAC